UUACUGUUUGCGCAAUUCAGGACCAAGGGAUGAUGUCUGUAAAUGACGAUGUAAAUAACAAUGUUUUGCUAAAUGAAUAUAGGGAUAUAAUCAGACAAUAUGACGACACUAAAAAACCAACUGUGUAUCACUUUGCAACGCACGCCCUCUGCAAACAUCCAACUGGGAAAAUACAGUUUUUUAAAGCGCUUGAACACCAUUUAACCGACGUUCCGGACAGGCUGAAGAUCCAGUUUAUUCUUGAUCUCUGUGAUAAACGCGAUGGCACACUUGAUGAAUGGGUGAAGGAAAUAUUCGACACAGACGGUGAUGGAUACAUCUCCAAAGAUGAAAGGCGAAAUCUGUGAUCAUCAGUCUCACAUUGUGCAAAUUAAUAGUGGAGUCAAUGUGAACAUCCACAUCCUUGAGAUAUGUCGCUUAACAGACAAACGACUGGAUAGACAAUAAUGACCUCACACAGGCUUUAAGCCACAGUCUUUAAAUAUACUACAAGGGUUUCGUUGAAAUCGUUUUAAUGGAUAUCUUAGCGGCCAGACUUUAAUAGAACUUUUUGAAAUUUAACAUUACUGCAUUAUUAUUCAAUAGAUUAUGUACAGGUGAUAGUCGGUGAUGCCUCUGAAGAAAAAAGUUAAAUGAAAUUUAUGCAAACCAUUUUCUACGUGAAAUGACUUUGUAUGUGACUAUUAGAUAUGUUGUAAUUAAUACAUGGAUUGGUUUUAAGUGUGUUUAAACAAGGUUUAAAAACAUUUAAUUCAUUAUUUCAACACGUUUAUCCGCAUAUAUUGUGCAAUAUUGAUUGCGUUUGAAAAUACUUUAUUUCAUCUAGUUGCAUGUUUAGGAAAGAUAUUUCGUCUGAUUAAAGUGAUGACAAUUUAAAGAUCUGUCUGGAACACAACUAAUUUAAGACCUUUCUAGAAUACACAUCCAAUUUCGUCUUGCCCAUAGCGCGUUUGUUAAACAAGGCCAUCAGAACUUAAGGAGUGAGUCAUGUAUUGCGUGUCUGUUUUGUCCGUUGUCUAGUGAAUGCGUCUUGUGUCAAACUAUAUGGUAAUCGCACACUAUCCAUAUUCAUAAUACAGGAUCAUUUUGUCACGACAAUAUUGCUUAUGCGACAGACGUUUUACCUUUCUAAUAUGAACAUAAAUCUGACACAAUAAUAAUGUGCCAUAUGCUUUGUUCGGCACUUUGCGAAGUAUAUUUUGAACAACUAGCUAUCACACAGACUGUAUCCGCAAAACCUGAAUACCUUCCGCAUAGCUUAAAACUUGAAAAGUGAAAAAUCACUGUUCAAACAUAGAUUAAUACUUAAACAUAUGCUUGGACUUUAGUUGCAUAUGUCGCAUUAUGUAUUAAUGUUUCACGAAUGUUUAGAAUGGGAUCGGCUUAGCAGGCAACAUAACUCAAUU